GAUGUUUUGAGGACCAAAAACAGCUCAUUCAUUUAUUGUUCACUUUCACUGUCUUCAGCCUGUAACUUUCUUUUGUGUUGAGUAAAACAUUUUGCAGAGCUACACUGUUAAAUCAUCUUGAAGAUCAACAAUGGCAUCUCAAUUGCUGGAAAAACCCUGGAGGGAACUACGCUGGGGAGAGAAGCAGGAGGACCUUCAGUAUGUGAAGGAGUACAAACCUUUAAUUGACGGCAUCAAGCAUCUUCGAGUCCUCAUGUUUGGACACGUUGGAGCUGGAAAAUCCAGUUUCAUCAACUCAGUCAGUAACGUCCUCCGAGGCCGAAUGUCCAUUCCUGCUUUGGCCAGUGCGACCACCUCCGACAGAAGCUUCACCAUAAAAUAUGAAACUCAUAAAAUCCAGAUCGGACGAGGAACUUCAAAGACAUUUUUUCCUCUGGUUUUCAACGACGUCAUGGGUCUGGAGGACGGUAAAGACAGCGGGAUCCAGGCUAGCGACAUCAAGCUGGCAAUGAGAGGACACGUACGGGAGGGUCACAAGUUUAACCCAUUAGGCCCACUGACUAAAGAGGAUUUUGGCUACAACCCAAACCCCUCACUUAAUGACAAGGUUCAUGUCCUGGUCUGUGUGAUGUCUGCCAACGCGCCACAGAUUAAUGCUUCAGUUCUGGAGAAGAUGAGGAAAGUCAGAGAAACAGCCAGUGAACUGGGAAUUCCUCAGAUGGCCAUGAUGACCCACAUCGAUGCUGCCUGUGGGGAAAUAGAGAAAGACGUGAAGAAUGUAUACAGAAGCAAACACUUGCAAAAAAAGAUGAAAGACUUCAGUGCAGCAGUGGGAAUCCCUAUGAACUGCAUCUUCCCUGUGAAGAACUACAGUGACGAAAUUGACAUAAAAAACGACGUUGACAUCCUGAUCUUGAGUGCCCUGAGGAAAAUGAUCGACUUCGGAGACGACUUCAUUGAGAAAAAUCUAAACUCAUGUUAACAGUUUACAUGUUCUGAAAUUUCCAAAGCGGGUUUGUAGGGGAUUAAAGUUGAGAAAAGAAGAAUAAAAGGAAAUGGCAUGCUGAAAACUAUCUCUUGAAUAAUUAACAUUCAGAAUAACUUGUGUUUACCUGAAUGUGAUGUUUGUUCUGCUUGAUCAUAUCAUGCAAAACAUUAGUCAAAAUAUGAAUAGUUUUGGAAGAACUUGUUCUACAAAAGUAAAUUCUAAUUACAAUGGGAAUGCUAGAUUGCAACACACUGCACAGAGCUGCCUUGUUUAACAGAACAUUUUAUGGUUCUGUAAAACCAUAAAAUCAUAAAAUGGUUCUCAAACAUCUGAGGAUAUUUGUGAUAAUCUGAGGAUUGUUUGGCAGAAAUACCUGUAUUGUGAUCAAAUAUAUUUUAAUGUGGUUUAGGUUUCUCAUUUUCCUGUUUACUGUUGUCAUUGUC